AUAAACCCAAAGGUAAUCCGACAGUUGUAUUGUGUAAGUCAACAUACCUCUUACACAAGCAUGUUUGCACGUUUAGUAGUUGUGUGACUUUAACAGAAUAUUACGCAAGUGUAAUUUGUUGCAGACUUGAAGAAGUGCUAUUGAAAUUUCAAACUGCAGAGAUACAUCUACUGAGUUGGCAAGAGUAUGGCAGGACGGGGAGACUUAGCAGGCUUCAUCAAAGGGUUGAGUCUGAUUCGACAGGCGCUGGUGGAGACACAGGGGAACGAGGUCAGACGUGCCUGGAAUAAUUCUAGUCUUAAAACAGCAGCAGAAAAAGCUGGUUCUAAUAUACAGGAAAAUAUUAGUAAUCGACAGGCUGCCAAUCUGUCUGAAAUACCAAAAAAAGUAAAAGACACAGUAUCUUUGAUGUACUCGCAGGCAUCAGUGGCAGCUCGUGCUUUCAAAGAAAGCUCAACAUCACAAGAUAACUCACAAUUCACUGGAAUGCCAGAAAAUUUUACUCAAGAUUUUGAUAUACCUAGUCCAAUCAUUGACAGUGAAGGAAAAUAUCAAAAGGAUGUGUCAUCAGGAGGUGGGGCUUCUACAGCCAGUCAGAAAGUAGAUACAAAAACAGAUGACAUUAGUACUAAGAAUUUGAAUAUUUCGCAGACCUCAACUCAAACUGAAAGUGCAUUUCAAACUGAACAAGGUACACCAUUUGCUGGUAACAUGGACAUUAUUCCUCCAAAAGAAGACCCUGUGGUUUCGAGUAAAGAAACUCAAGAACCUUUAAAGAAAACCACCAUGCCUAAGGACUCUGUAAAGAAAACAACCUCUGUGCCAAAAACCACAGCAGCUAGAAAAUCUAUCUCAAGUUGGGAUAUAACAAAAAGGAAAGAAAUUCUUAGUAAUUUCAAACCACAGCUGAGUGAUAGAGCACAAGAGAGAAAAGUACCAUCGUCCAGAAUUGGCAGAGUUUAUACUUUUGGCAGAAUGGCUGCUGGACUGGGAUUUGGAGCUGUGUCAGAGGUAACGAAGAGGUCACUGGGACUGGAUGGAAAAUCUGGAGCAGAAGUAGGGGAGACAAUCAUGCAAAGCAAUCUAUUUCUGAGUGAAGCCAACAUGAACCUGAUUGUUGAUACACUGUGUCGAGUCAGAGGAGCAGCCCUUAAACUGGGGCAGAUGCUGAGUCUUCAAGAUGAUUCACUGAUCAGUCCAGAGUUACAGAAGAUUCUUGAACGUGUCCGACAGAGUGCUGAUUUCAUGCCUGUAUGGCAAAUGGAGAGAGUUAUGAAGAAUGAAUUUGGUCCAGAAUGGAAAUCCAAACUUGCCAGUUUUGAUGAGAGACCAUUUGCUGCAGCAUCAAUAGGACAGGUACACAAAGGUGUGCUGCAUGAUGGGAGAACUGUUGCUUUAAAAGUACAGUAUCCUGGGGUAGCCAAGAGUAUAGACAGUGAUAUCAAUAACCUUAUGUCAGUCCUCAGUGUCUGGAAUGUCCUACCUAAAGGUCUGUAUGUUGACAGUGUAAUAGAAGUUGCAAAGAAGGAACUAGCUUGGGAAGUGGACUACAUGAGAGAAGCUGACUGCAGUAAAAAAUUCAGGGAAUUAUUGAAAGACGAUCAUGCAUUCUACAUACCAGAUAACAUAGAUGAACUAACUACGAGUCAAGUGUUAACCACAGGAUAUGUUGAAGGUCUUCCAUUAGACAGAACAUUUGAAUUGGACCAAGAUACCAGAAACUGGCUGGGUACAAAGUUACUAGAACUAUGCCUCAGGGAACUGUUUGAAUUCAAGCUCAUGCAGACAGAUCCAAACUGGUCCAAUUUCUUCUACAACCCAGAAACAGAAAAGAUUGUUCUGCUAGAUUUUGGGGCAACACGUGAGUUCAGUACAAAGUUUGUAGACGGGUAUAUCAGAAUUAUCAAGGCAGCAUCUGAUAAUGACAGAGAUGGAGUUCUGAAAUACUCACAAGAUCUCGGCUUCCUGACAGGAUAUGAAUCUAAGGAAAUGGAAAAAGCACAUGUAGAUGCUGUCAUGAUUCUUGGACAAGCAUUUCACUGUGACGGACCAUUUGAUUUUGCACAACAAGAUACAACACGACGUAUUCAUAACCUCAUCCCAGUCAUGAUGAAUCAUAGACUCACACCUCCACCAGAGGAGACUUACUCCCUUCACAGGAAAAUGGCUGGAUCGUUUUUAUUAUGUACAAAAUUAGCGGCAAAAGUUGACUGUCGGAAACUGUUUGAUCCAAUAUAUGAAAAUUAUAAAUUUGGUGAACCAACAAAAAAUGAAAGUGUGGGAGAAAGUGAAAAAGGGCAUUCUGGGGUUGAGGAAAAUUUAGCUGUGUCAUGAUACAUGUUGGUUUACAAUGUGUUAAGUUUUAAUGGGACAAACUAUAAAUACACACUAAUGAUGACAGCACAGCGACCAAAUUGUUCGACAAAAAGUGUACUUCUGUAUUUCAUCAAAGAAGUGGUAGAAUGGAAAUAAUAUAUAGCUGAAGCAAAUUUAAUUUGUAAUUUUCAAAAUCAUUAUAGCCUGCAUAGACUUAUUCUGGCUAUGUGCUUCAGCUUGUAAAACUAUUUUAUGUGAUGUAUAACCUCGUUGUCAUGUUUAAAUGAAUUAUAAAACACUUCUGCUAUAUAUUAUUUCUAAAGUGAAGCACAUGAGAAAUAAAUAAUCAAGUGCUUAUAAUAUCUAUUCAGAAUUCAUGCAAUAAGCGUUAAGAUUGUUGCAGUGAUGUAGUAACAUAAUUAUUGUCUAGAGUAUUAAAUAAGAGAAUUCAGGGAUUUCAUUGAAAGACCAGUCUUUCAUAACAGGUGUGGAGUGCUUAAUUCAGAUUGUUAAAUUGUUAAUGUUUUUGCUGUACUUUGCAACCUUUGAGUAACAUUUUAUUCCUCAAGGGAGGUUCACUUAUCUCACCAUCUACAAAUUUGUGGCAUUUCUAAUGGUCAAGAGACAAAGCCUACAUAUGGACAAUAUGAUACCAUAUGGACUUAGUCAUCAUCAGUCGCAUUACAAAUGCUCACAUUCAACAAACUCAGCAGUAAAAGUGAGGUCUACAAGAUAAAAUGAUUACAUGGCGUGUUGUUGACCAAGUAUGGGAUACAGGGAUUUUUUUCCUUCUUUAUAAAGUACCCCUAAAAGGACCUUUUCCCAAUUGAGAAAUGCAAUCUUUUUUUCACAAUUAUCAUCCAAAAAUUCCCCGAAUGACCAAAUUAAGUUUGCAUUUUGAUGAUUGCAGAAGGAAAACUUAGUUACAUUGACAUUCAUCAUGAUUUAACCAUUCAAACAGUUUGUUUGGUGAUAUUUACAUGGAAUUAAAGGAAGAAGCAUUCUAAAUGAUGUUAUUAAUUAACUAUAAAAAUUCCCAAUCUGAGUAAAAACACUGCUACUUUUCCCAAUUUAUCCGGUACCAGACCUUUUCCCAAAAGGGCAAAAACAAUCACUGGGAUAUGUGCUGUGACUAAAAUUUGUUACACUUGAGCUUCUGUCUUGACCAACAUAGAUUUCCUUGACAGUGUUUACCCUAUAUUCAGUUACCAGGAUGCCAUGUAGCUAAUUAUACUAAGAACAUUGACAAAUAAGAAAGAAAAUAUCUAUCUUUGCAGGAGGUACUGGAGUUAUAUACCUGAUGAUACUGAUUAUGCUGCAGAUUACAUUUUUAAGCCCUGUAAAUGAGUACUGGUAACAAUAAUUUACAUGUUUAUACUUAAUUAUACAUCUGUACAAGCACAUACAUAGAAUGUACAUUAGUGAUGCAAAUGAACUAUUUUAACUCGCAGCUGAAAAACAAGUUUGAGAAAUAGUUUUAUUGAUAUGUAGUAAAUGUCAUUAUGUGUAAAUGAGCUGUAAUAAUUAACUAUUCUGAAAUGUGUACAAAAUCCACCUGCUGAAUUGGACCAAGGCAAACAAAAUUCUGCCUUUUUUUCAAACACAUCCUUAUUUUCAAUUCCUUCUCUCUAAACAUUGAUAGUUACCACCUUGAAAUUUGUUAUUGUUUCAAAGUUGAUAUUUUUUAGAUUUUAAAGUUAUUAUAUAACAACAUUAAGUUGUAGACUGUGUCUGCCUUGGUCAAAUUGAGCAGAGGGAUUUUGUCCUACACUCUGCAUCUAUCUAUAAGCUACUGCUGAUGGCAAUAUCUGUGUAUGAGUGAGACUUCAGUAUACUCAUUUAAUGUAAAAUAAUAGUGUUUGAAUAUGUUUCUGGUUGUAACAGAUGUCAGAGACAAUCUUAGUUAUACAUUGAUGAAUGUAUAAUAACUUGAAAAAAUAAUAAAAAAAAUAUUUGAAUAUGUU